AUGAUGAAGCUCUUUCAUUCCAUGCGGAAGCGGAUUCACUCGAGCGACAAGUUGCAGGCCAGUCGUCAGUCCUCGGCAGCGUCCGCUACCUCCGCAAGUUCGUCCUCGUCCCAGAUCGCCUCGGCUCAGGCGAGCUCCGCGACGCCCCAUGGCGCCUCGACCUCUGCGGGCGCUGCGCCUGGCGGAGAGACAACGGCUGUGCCGCUAGGCGGCGAAGGCCCCUCAGGACCGCUCUCGGCUCCGGGGACUGCCGCCGGCCUCGGCGGUUUGGCUACGCCGCCUCCGGGCGGAGGAACGCUGGUCGGCGUGCGGCCCUCUGGUGCUGAAAGUUUCCUCCACACCGACAGCACCAAAGGGAUUCCAGAUGCAAGGCCUCGCACCGCGUACGUGGCAGGAAGCUACGGCAACCCGUCGACUCUCUCCACGCCGUUCGAGAUUCCCAAUUUCGACGAUUUGCCGCCGCUCUUCGACGCGCCUCAAGCGGACCGGCCGGAGCUGUUUCGCAAAAAACUGCUUGCGUGCACGUGCAUCUUCGAUUUCAAUCUGCCCAAUGUGCAUGUCAAGGAGAAGGAAGCGAAGCGACAGACUCUGCUGGAAAUUGUAGAAUACGUGAACAACUCGCGGCAUUGCUUCAAUGACCACAACCUCCCGGACGUCGUCAACAUGGUUUCCGCCAACAUUUUCCGGGCGCUGCCGCCGUCUCACGUGUCGAACUCGGCGACGUAUGACCCCGAGGAAGAAGAACCAACUCUGGAGAGUUCCUGGCCACAUUUGCAAAUUGUCUACGAGUUUUUUCUCCGAUUCAUCGUCUCGAACGAUGUAAAUCCCAAAGUCGCUCGGAAAUACAUUGAUCAGCAAUUCGUCCUGAGGCUGCUCGAGCUCUUCAGCUCUGAAGAUCCUCGCGAACGCGACUAUUUGAAAACGAUUCUCCACAGAAUCUACGGGAAAAUCAUGGCUCUCAGGCUGUUUAUACGCAAAUCGAUUCAACAAGUCUUUUUCCGUUUUAUCUACGAGGACGAGAGCCCGAACGGGAUCUCGGAAUUCCUGGAAAUCCUUGGCAGCAUCAUCAACGGUUUCGCUUUGCCUCUCAAGGAGGAACACAAGUUGUUCCUUGAGCGCGUUCUGGUCCCCCUCCACAAGGCUCGGUGCCUCAGUCCUUUUCACCAGCAACUCACCUACUGCAUGCAACAAUACGUGACGAAGGACAAUCGCCUCGCCGAGCCGAUCAUUCUCGGCCUCCUGCGCUUCUGGCCGGUCACCAACGCGCCGAAGGUGGUCCUCUUCCUCAACGAGUUGGAGCACAUUUUGGUGAACACACAGCCCCCGGAGUUCCAGAAGGUGAUGAAUCCGCUCUUUCGGCGCCUGGCGGAGUGCAUUCAGUCACCCCACUUCCAGGUUGCCGAGCGCGUUUUGUUUUUGUGGAACAACGAACACAUCGUCAAGCUAAUCAACCAGAACCGACAGGUGAUCUUCCCGAUCGUCAUCGCCGCUCUGUUUAAGAACUCGCAGUACCACUGGAACUCGACUGUCCACACGCUGACAUACAAUGUCUCAAAGUUGCUGGCAGAAGCAGACGCUGCUCUAUUUGAUGAAUGCUCCAACAAGCACAUUGCCGAAGAGGAAAAGCGCAAGCAGCAAGAGGAGGAGCGCUCUCGGCGGUGGGAAGAGCUUAAGCAAGAGGAGUCGGAGCGAGGCAGCGAGGAGGACGGGUUCCUGGUUCGCUUUUCCUCCGACGGGCUUUUUUGA